GCCCAUUCCUAAUUUCCCACCCAGAUCUUUUAUUGCGCGGGCAUUUUUAAUCCCUUCUUUUUCUCUCUCCUCCAAUUUCUCAUCUUCCGCCUCUUCAAUGGCUUCUUCAUCUUCUUGCUCCGAAGAUCAAAUCACUUUCAGAACCAAAAUCCUGAAUCGCCACCUCAACCCAAUUCUCUCUCCUACAUCACCACCCAAUCCUCUCUCCUCCUCACCAUGCCUCUCUUAUUCCCCACCCGACCUCGCCGUACCCGCCGCCGUGUUCGACACCAAGCAAAUGCGAUACAUCAUAGACGAUCACCAUAUCGAGCACCGAGACUGGCUAUUCAAUAUCAUGAUUCAGAGCAACCUCUUCAACCCUUCGAUUCGGGGCCAACGGAAGUUUAUCGCCCCUGACUAUAAUCAAUCCAUGGAGCAACAAAGAGAGAUUACCAUCAAGCGAAUCGAGUAUUUGCGUGAUCGAGGUGUUUUUAAGGGUUGGCUUACUGGCGAAUCCGAAGAAGAUGAGCUUCGUAAGAUGGCUUUUGAUGAAGUUUUUGCUAUUUAUGAUCAUUCCCUUGCUAUUAAGCUCGGCGUCCAUUUCUUCCUCUGGGGUGGUGCAAUCCAAUUUUUUGGCACAAAGCGGCAUCAUGACAAAUGGCUGAAAAUAACUGAGGACUACGGCAUUAAGGGUUGCUUUGCUAUGACUGAGCUAGGGCAUGGAAGUAAUGUAAGAGGAAUUGAAACGAUCACUACUUAUGAUCCAAAUGCUGGAGAGUUCAUCAUCAACACUCCAUGUGAAUCUGCUCAGAAGUACUGGAUUGGAGGAGCAGCUAAACAUGCAACUCAUACUGUUGUUUUCUCACAACUCCAUAUAAAUGGGAAAGACGAAGGGGUCCAUGCAUUUAUAGUCCAGAUCAGGGAUGAGGAAGGCAAUGUUAGUCCAAAUAUACGUAUUGCUGAUUGUGGUCAUAAGAUCGGGCUGAAUGGUGUUGACAAUGGUCGUAUCUGGUUUGACAAUGUUCGCAUCCCAAGGGAGAAUCUAUUGAAUUCAGUGGCUGAUGUUUCUCCUGAUGGCCAGUAUCUUAGUGCUAUAAAAGACCCUGUUCAGAGAUUUGCAGCAUUUCUUGCUCCAUUGACAUCUGGUCGCGUCAAUAUUGCAGUUAGUUCCAUUUACAUAUCAAAGGUUGGUUUAGCUACCGCUUUAAGGUAUUCUUUGUCAAGGCGAGCCUUUUCUCUGGCAGCAAAUGAACCUGAAGUGUUAUUGCUCGACUAUCCUAGCCACCAGCGCCGACUCUUGCCUCUUCUUGCAAAGACAUAUGCUAUGUCUUUCGCUGGAAACUAUUUGAAAUCCAUAUAUGUGAAACGGUCACCUGAAACAAAUAAGAAUAUCCAUGUUGUUUCAAGUGCCCUAAAAGCUACACUAACUUGGCAUAACAUGCGGACUCUUCAGGAGUGUCGUGAAGCCUGUGGGGGUCAAGGUCUGAAAACUGAAAAUCGUGUAGGUCACUUGAAAGGCGAGUAUGAUGUGCAAUCAACAUUUGAGGGGGACAAUAAUGUUCUCAUGCAGCAGGUCAGCAAGGCAUUGUUUGGGGAAUAUAUAGCUACUCAGAAGCAAAAUAGACCAUUCAAAGGAUUGUGGUUGGAACACAUGAACGGCCCCAGCCCGGUCAUUCCUGCUCAACUGACAAGUUCUAUUCUCAGAAGCAGCCAGAUUCAGACUGAUAUUUUCUACCUGAGAGAGAGAGAUCUAUUAAAUCGUUUUGUAGCAGAAGUUUCAGCACAUCAAAAGCAAGGAAGAAAUAAAGAAUAUGCUUUUUCUCUGUCAUAUCAGCUUGCAGAAGAUUUGGGCAGAGCUUUUGCAGACAAGGCAAUUUUGCUUACUUCUAUAGAGGCUGAAGCUAAUGUUCCUGCUGGACCCCUAAAGGAUGUGUUAGCGUUGUUGCGAACAUUGUAUGCUUUGGUAAUCUUGGAAGAAGAUGCUUCAUUCCUUCGUUAUGGCUACUUGUCUGUUGAGAAUUCUGCUGUAGUAAGACAAGAGGUGAUUAAGCUCUGCAGUGAAGUGCGUCCUCACACCCUUGCAUUGGUCAGUUCUUUCGGCAUACCAGAUGCGUUCCUGAGUCCUAUUGCGUUUGAUUGGAUUGAUGCAAAUUCAUGGUCCUCGGUUCAACAGUGAUUCAACUACUCAAUAAUGUAUAAAUGUUAGUCUGCAUUAUGUAUCUUUUCAAUUAGAUUGAAGGUUGUUCAUUCAAUUUGAUCUAUGCCUCCCUCGCGAUGCAAUUACAGCAGCAUACAAUUAGGUAGACAGUAACCAGUACCCUGUACCACUAAGAAAGAAUGUGCCCAAUUUAUUAUUUACUUGUCAUUUUGUAUAAUUUGUUCUCUUGGAAUAAUAAUCUAAUAUAUAUAUAUAUAAAGGAGACAUAUUUGUUAAA